CCAUUAUCUCAGAUUCCUCAUCCUGUCUACAAAACAUCAGUGGAUUGGAUCAAACGAUUCCGUAUUACGACACUCGCUGCCUUUGUAAUGUGGGCGUCUAAACAUAUCCUCACUUGUUUGGAAGAAGCCAAACAACAACAAGCAGAUCAUCCCAAAGGCGCUGGUGGGGAGAUUGAUGCUGCGCAACAACAACCUCCUCCUAAAUCCAAAUCUAAGGUAGCAAUAUUUGUUGCAUUAGCAAUGGUAUUGCGUAAGAAGCCUAAAUCUUUGGCUAUUGUAUUACCGGCUAUGAGGGAUAGGCGUAAGUAUCGGGGACAGGACAAGCUUCCCUUUAUAGUUUGGAUGAUGGCUCAGGCCUCCCGAUAUGAUUUAGCUGUAGGCUUGUUUUCAUGGGUGCGUAACUUGUUACCACUAGUCGGUACCUACUCUCCUCAGUCAACAGAUCUCAUCAUGCAGUUGGUUGAGAAAAUUUUGUCGAAUCCAAAAGCUCGAGCUUUACUUGUAAAUGGAUCUGUUGCAAAGAGAUCACCACGGGUGAUUCCACCUCCUUCGUUUGAGAUCUUGCUAAGGCUUACUUUCCCUGUAUCAUCCGCAAGAGUAAAGGUAAUCAGUUUUUUAUUAUGUACAAAACCUUGA